AUGACGCAGGCCGCCUCAGGUGCCUCAUCAGGAGACUGUCGCCCCUUCCUUCCCAGAGCGGCGGGCCCCCACCAGGGCCCCCCCCGGGAGCCUCCAUCCUUCUGUCUCUUUCCGUCACGCUGUGGGGGGGCGAUCGCCUCAUCUCCCAAGGAGCUGGAGAACCGUCGUGGAGGCCCCUGUGGGGGAAUCCAUGCAUGCCCCUGUAUUCGGGCAUAUCGCGCAUUCUGCUGCUGCCCAUGGGGCCCCCACGACCCCAGCCAGGCGCCUCCCCAGACUGGUGAGGAGGCCCUCCAAGGGCCUCCUCCGCGCGUCUCCAGCCACAGUACCCGCGAAGAUCGCCCAUGGGGGGCGGGAGGCCCCCCGGGGCCCCCGGGGGCCCCCCGCCCCAGACCAGGGGCGGCCCCCUGUCAUCCCGCAACGGCGGGAGCUGUCGCAUCAUGGGCGGCAGCAGGGCCCUCCCCCUGGAAUGCAUCAGGGGGGGCAUGCGCUGCGGCUGCGGCUGCUGCCUGCACUGCAACAGACACUGCGGUAGCCUCCCUCGGGGCUGUUGAGGCUGCUGCGUCUGUUCCUCGCAUAUUCUUGCUGCUGCUGGCGACCGGGAUGGCGGGGAGGCGAGGCGCGCAGGGAACUGGUGCUGCCUGUCUCGCCUAA